AUGAGGCUUGUUGUGCUGGCUAGUCUGCUCGCUGCCCUGGCGGCAGCGGUAGAAGGAAAGCCUCUUACAAGGACAGUGAGCCAUGUCGUUCACGAGGAACGCUUGGUUGCGAGGCGAGAAUGGACCAAAGUUGGUCGCCUUCACAGGUUGCAGGCAUUGCCCGUCCGAAUCGGAUUGUCACAAUCAAACCUGCAUCGGGCAGACGAGUUUAUCAAUGCCGUCUCUCAUCCCAAGUCCGCCGGUUAUGGGAAGCAUUGGACUCCUGAGCAGGUUAUCAAGACAUUUGCUCCCAAGCAGGAAACAGUCGACGCUGUCAAGAUAUGGCUCGAGUCUGAAGGGAUACAUCCGAGUCGAGUCUCGCUCUCCAAGGGUCGUCACUGGUUAGAAUUCAAGGCGACUGUAAACGAAGUCGAACAGCUCCUGAAGACCGAGUACCACGUCUAUAGGCACAACCGACAGGGACACUCGCAUGUAGCUUGUGACAAGUACCACGUCCCCGAGCACCUCGUUGAACAUAUCGACUUGAUCACGCCGACAGUCCACUUCGAUCGGCGCGUCGGACAUGAGCGGGAGAACAAGAAAAUAGGAGUCACCGAAGGGCAGACCCAGGAACUCAAGAAGAGGUCACUGUCGAAGCGACAACGCCCCGAGCACGGCAUCCUGGGUUCAGGGGCCAACGAUGGGUUCUCCCCGAAGCAGGGAGCUGUGAUCGAGAGUGCUCUCGCGAGCUUGGCCAACUGCGAUCAGAUGCUGACGAUCGACUGCAUCCGCGCCUUGUAUGCAGUGCCGCCGGGCUCUCUCGCAAAGUCAAACAAUACUCUUGGGAUCGUCGAAUAUACGCCUCAGGCUUUCCUGCAGGGCGACCUGGACCUGUUCUUUGAUCAGUUCCAGCCGAAGCUUGUCGGGAAGCCCCCGAUUCUCCAAGCCAUUGACAACGGGGUCGUCCAGACGACAAAUCGAAGCUUCAGUUUCAACGGCGAGUCGGCGCUGGACCUUGAGUUUGCCAUGGGCCUGAUUUUCCCCCAGCAGGCGACCCUGUUCCAGGUCGGCGAUCUGGUCCAGGGCGCCAGCUUCGGCAACCUGCUGGACGCCCUGGACGGCAGCUUCUGCUCGUUCGAGGGCGGCGACUCCAAAGACCCCAACGUCGACGGCCAGUACUCGGACAAGGUGCGCUGCGGCACGGCGCAGGCCACCAACGUCAUCUCGACCAGCUACGGGUCCAACGAGGGCGACCUGGGCGCGCGGUACGAGCAGCGCCAGUGCGCCGAGUACAUGAAGCUGGCGCUGCAGGGCGUGACCAUGGUCUUCUCGUCGGGCGACAACGGCGUGGCGGGCAACGGGGCGGCGUGCGUCGACCCGGCGACGGGCGCCUUCAACAGCGGGGGCUCGGGGCUCUUCACACCCUCCUUCCCGGGCACCUGCCCCUGGGUCACCAGCGUGGGCGCGACGCAGAUCCUCAACGGCUCGUCGGUGCGCUCGCCCGAGAGCGCCUGCGAGGAGGUCAUCCUGUCCGGCGGCGGCUUCUCCAACGUCUUCGCCGCCCCGACCUACCAGCGCGCCGCCGUCGGCACCUACUUCGCCGACUCGCGGCCCCCCUACGGCGCCGACCGCUUCAACAACUCUGGCACCGUCCGCGCGUACCCGGACGUCUCGGCCAACGGUGCGCGGUACCUGACUGCUGUGGACGGCAACUUUACGCUUUCCUUUGGGACAUCCGCUUCGGCACCCGUCUUCGCCUCCCUGAUCAACAUGAUCAACGAGAAGCGGCUCGCGGCGGGCAAGGGCCCCGUGGGCUUCGUCAACCCGGUGCUCUACGAGAACCCACAGGUGCUGAACGACAUCACCAACGGCAAGAACCCCGGGUGCGGCACGGAUGGCUUCUCGGCCGUCAAGGGGUGGGAUCCGGUCACUGGACUUGGCACGCCAAACUACCCGGCGAUGGAGCAGCUCUUCCUGAGUUUGCCAUAA